AUGUGCUUGGUUUUUAGCCUAAUCAUUAUGUCCUAUGAUGUCAGCAAGAAAGAACUCAGAGAUAGCAGCUGCCAUGUGGGACAGCUGCCAGGGUUCUUCCCAAAGGAUGUGAGAAGAAUCAGGGAUGUGCUCGUGCAAGAAACCAAAAGGUCUACAUUCAUUCAAAAUCAGACUGUGGCUACCCUGCAAUGCCUUGGCUCUGGGAGCAAAGUCAAAGUCAACCUUGUGUAUUCAGAGAAAAGGUCAAAGGUCAAGCAAACGCUGAAGAACCUGAGAGUCCUUGCUGCUCCCUGCAGAAACAGCAACUCCCCAAACUGUCACUUAACCCCCACAUCCAAGUUUCAGACUGGAUCCCUUCUAACAGGCAAAGGGACUAUUCCUUCCUCUCAGAGAGCUAUGCCGAUGCCAGUGGUUGGGCAGAAGGCAAAGGGAAGGCCAGCAACCUGGGGCAGCUGA